AUGGCUAAUAUGAGACCAGCAUCCGGCUCUGACACUGAAUUAAAAAUUAGACUUUCAGUCGAUCUUCUUACCUUCCCAUUAAAAAAUAAAUUUUUUAAAAAAUAAUAAAAAUAUAAAAAAAUAAUAAAAACAAACAGAUAAGUUAGUAAUGUGGACACAACAAAACUCAAAGCAAUGAUCCACAAUGUAAAGCUUUACUCGCAGAAGUUCCAACCUGUGUUUGUAAUGCUUGAGAAAACUCCAGAAGGCGUCGUCAUAACUGAAGAGCCAUUAAAGCCUCCAAAACCAAAAAAUGAACCAAGACCCAAAAAACCACCUUCUGAGUACAUUGACAGUCCAAUCAGAAAACAACAUCGUGGUGACAGUGAUAAGCAAUAUGUAUGCCCAGUAGAGACAUGCGGCAGACGAUUUAUGGAUAAUUCCAAGCUAACUCGGCAUAUGCUAUCUUAAUAUAAAAUAAUUAUUUCCAUUUCUUUAAAAAAAAUCUAUCUUUUUGUAAAAAAAUAAAAAUAAUUAUUCAAAUUAUCGAGUAUAGUUCAUACAGGAGAAAAGAAGCAUAAAUGCGAAUUUUGCGGGAAAAGAUUUUCAUUGGAUUUCAACCUAAAAACACAUUUAAGAAUUCACACAGGGGAGAAGCCAUACCAGUGCACAUUUCCAGGGUGCACAAAGCGAUUUAACCAGUCUAGUAACUUAGCAGCGCAUGAGAAAAAUCAUUACAUUGAUGGAAAAGAAGAAAAACAGAGAAAACCUAGGACUUAUCAGCCAGAAGUAGUAACUUUACCUCCAGUACCUCAGACCUCUUCAUUUAUGUUAGAAUCUCAACUUCCUUUGAUGUUUGACGUAGCUUGUCUAAGCGCUGCCCCAGCUUUGCCUAAUAAUUAA